AGUUCAGUGCAGAUCACGUUCGAAGAGGGUUCCCAGCUACCACCAGCUGCAAGUAUAAGCCGAGUGAUGUGCAAGGGACAGUCGGACCGCAGCAUGGUGCUGUGUUGCCAUCUGUCAGCUGAAGCUGUGAAAUUCCCUGUGUCUGUUACUCAGCAGUCCCCAGUUGCUGUUUCUGUGGACACCUAUCAUGUCACUUUGGCUGUGCUGCAGGCUCAGGUGGAGAUCCACUUGGAGGAGAUUCAGAACGAAGGUCUUUUGGUGUCGUGGACAUUCAAGGACAGACCGGACUUGAACCUUUCCGUUCUUCCAAGACUUCAACUUCGUGAGAAGAAUGAAGGGAGAGCAGAUCUCUCCACCAUAAAGGAUCUGAUUGAGGAUACCAUCAUCAGCACGCAGCCGGCCAUGACGGUGAAUCUGAAGGCCUGCACUGCUGGAGCUGGUGCAAUUCCCAGUGAUAAGCUGACUCGAGAGUCGCUGUCCAGAGUAGCCCCUCUGGGUUCUAAGCUGUUGCUCCGGAAUCUUCGAGUGCUGAACUUGGGCUGCCAGGGGAAAGGAGGACUUGAGGAGAUACGCUGCGUGGCAGAACUAGACAGCCCACCACAGCAGAAGUGGACAAGGCCAGUGGCAGCUGGCAGUGCCAGCACUGUGGCAGAAAUGGAGUGGAACGAGGAGCUCUUUCUGGAGUUGGGACACAGAAGUAGGGAGCUGAAACUACAGGUGCUGGGGAACAGCGGCAGAGGGGGAAGUGUGCUGCUGGCACAUGCCACGCUUUUGCUUGAUUCUUUGGGCAAACAACCUUCUGGGAGACAGGUCUGCUCCCUGGCCCCGGGAGCUGGUGGUGCUGAAGCUACCAUUAUGUUGGAGCUGCUAUUCCAGGAGUCUCCUGCAUCUCUGAAUGCUCAGCACGCUACGUCUCUGCGAACCAGCAUCACCCCCACUAAGAAGGUGGAGAUGGACCGGACCAUCAUGCCUGAUGGCACCAUUGUGACCACCGUCACCACGAUUCAGUCCCGGCCCAAGGCAGACUGCAAACUGGAUUCGCCAUCGAGGUCGCCUUCCAAGGUGGAAGUGACCGAAAAGAAGACAACUGUGCUUUUGGAGAGUGGCUGCCCCUUGCCCAGCAGUAGCCGGGAUAGCCAUAUGCCCAACGGCUUGGAUCCAGUGGCUGAGACGGCGAUCAGGCAGCUGACUGAGACAAAUAACAAGCCUGCCAAGAAGACCCCAACAAAGCGUAGCACGCUGAUCAUCUCGGGAGUUUCCAAGGUACCUAUCGCUCAAGAUGAAAUGGCACUUUCUCUGGGUUACGCUGCAUCCCUGGAGGCCACAGCAUACGGGGAUUCUGUGGCAGAGGGCACAGGCGAGUGGAUGCACGAUUCUACUGAAUCAUCACAGCUGCCAGAAUCGUCACCGUCUGGACAAAGAGCUGGUCAGGAGCUGGAUGAGACAACGCGGUCGGACAUCUCCGAGAGGCCGUCGGUGGAAGAUGUUGAGUCGGAAACUGGCUCCACGGGAGCACUUGAGACCAGGAGCUUGAAAGAUCACAAAGUUAGCUUUCUUCGGAGUGGAACCAAGCUCAUCUUCCGGAGGAGGAGCAAGCAGAAGGAAGCGGGCCUAAGCCAGUCACACGAUGACUUGUCCAAUGUUGCCACUGACUCCACUGCCGGGAAGAAAGCUGGCAGCUUCUCCCGUCGCCUCAUCAAGCGCUUCUCCUUCAAGUCUAAAUCCAAACCCAAAGUUAACGACAGCGCGACGGCAGAAAAUCCAGGCGGUAUGCUAAUCCUGGUGGAAAUCCCAGGAGCUGUGGAAGCGACUCUGCCCGUGUAG